AUUAGCAUCAAAAUACAGAUAACUUCAAGGCAAACCACUACAUGACUUGGUGUGCUAUGUUGCAGUUUGUUGUUACUUUGUUGUCCUUGGGUUAUGGAAAGGUGCAGGUGACUGGCUCCUACUUCCUUUCUAAGGAACUGGCAUGCUUGCAUCCAGAACUCAUCUUAUGGAACAAUACAGACAGCAUCUUAAUUGAUCGUUGACUUGCAAAAGAACUAGAAGAAGCUCAGCCGUGGAUGUCCUGUAAUCCUAGCAUUGGAGAAACAGGGACCAAAAAGUGUAAGGGCCCAGUGGGAGGUAACAGUAAGUCUGGGAUUCAUCCUCUAUAUGGUGAUCACUGGGUCCCUGCCUCUUAAUGGAUAGAACAUAGCAUAAGUGCAGAAGCAGACAGGAUUGUCACACAUUCCCUUGUGUCUGUGGUGUAUGAAAGCUUGAAAGCUUGAAAUACCUGACCCUCUAUAAUGCCAUCAUCAGAGAGAGAAGUUUAUUAGAGGAAAUCCUGAGGGUACCCAUGAGCAAAUGGUGGUCAUGAAGAGUAUGAUGGUUUGAAUGAGAAUGGCCCCCAGUGGCUCAUAUGUGUGUGCUUGAUUUUUGGUUGAUUAAUUGUUUGAGAAGGGUAGGAGAUAUGGCUUUGUUGGAGGAGGUGUGUUGUUGCCGGUAGGCUUUGAAGUUUGAAACGUCCACACCAGGCCCAGUGUCUCUGUCUCUGUCUGUUUCUCUUAGUCUGUGUCUCUUAGUCUAUCUCUUAGUCUGUUUCUUAGUCUGUCUCUUAGUCUGUCUCUGUCUCCCUCCCUCCCUCCCUCCCUCCCUUUGUGGGUCAAGGAUAUAAAGUUCUUAGCUACUGCCUUACCACCAUGUGAACUAAUUCUGAACCUGUUAGCAAGCACCCAAUUAAAUGCUUUUUUAAAAAGACUUGCCUUGGUCAUAAUGUAUCUUCACGGCAAUGGAACAGUAAAUAAGACAAAGAGGAACUGAAAGUUUACAGAAGCAACUGAUUGUUCUGACUUCCUAGCUGAGAUGCUGCUGCCUUCAAGCUAAGAUUGGGGUGAGAUUGAGGACUUGCUUUGGGCCAGGAGUAAGAUGAAGAAACCAGUCAGAUCCUGGUCUCUAAGACACCUUAGUCAGAGACUUGGGCCAUCAUCAUGGAGGCCCUGCCUAGUUGAAGAAGGAGCCGAGCAGACAUCCUGCUGUAAUAGAAUAAAUAUAGCAGUUCCAGCUGCAUCCUCUGUAUUUCACAUGGGUCAGGACUCCAGGAGCACCAGAGAAAAGACAAAUACAUUUCACAUACACAGAUGUAGUAUUUUCUUAAGGGCAAAGAACAUCAUAAAUAAUAUGAAAGCCAAAGACUUAUCUGGGCCAUAUUUACAGGGACAGAGGGUUAAUGUUCUUGCCAGAGAUUUUAUUCUUUUGUUAUUAAUUUAUUUAUUUGAGAUAAAAAUCUCACUGUAUAGCUCAGACUGGCCCAGAAUGUAACUCUAACUUUCCUUAAACUUGUGAUCCUUCCUUCUUGCCUUUGGCCCCAGUGUUGGAAUUAUUGGCACGUGUCACCAGCCUGGUCCUAUCAGAGAUCUUAAAAAGCAAGCAACAAACUCCAUACAAUGAAUGUAAAGUUGACAUACAUACAUUGCAAGUUGAAGCCAUGUUAUUCUACUUAUCAUAUCACUACAUACAAAAUAGAUUGUUAUAUGAUGCUACUGACAGAAGGUAUGUUGAUAGAAUUUUCUCUGGGACAGUUUGGUAACAGAAGAGUUUUAUAUGUACAUGCUAUGACCAAGAGUUCCCCUUUAAAUUUAACACAAGUAAAUACUGACAAAAGUAAAUGUAUUUUGUGUAACAGAUGUUUAUUAUUCCAGUAAUAGGUCAAAAUUGAAUCAUGUGAAUUCCUCUUGUGAAAUAAUUAUUUUUAUCAAUAUACUGGGAAACUAGCCAUGAAAAUGAUAGACUUGUUAGUGUUUAAUGGUAUGGAAUGAUAUCCAUUAUGUAUGUAUUUUAGGUGCAAAUAAAAUAUGUCUAAUGUAUCACAUUGUUUAUAAGGCAUGUAGUAACUAACAUCUGCAAGUAAUAUCUGUUCUGAACAAAACUAUAAUGUAUAUUAGGUAUAUAUAUAACAAAUGUUUUAAAAGGAUUGGUUAUUUCAAUGGUACUUUUAAUUGUGGUCACACUAUAUAGAGUGACCUUCUUAUGAGCAGAUCAGAAGCAGUGACGUAUUCAAAUAGGGCAGGUAUGUGGGAAGGUAAAGAUGGGUCCAGAGACCGCCCUAAGCAUCACCCUAUAGUGUUUGCCCUAGGUGUCCUCAGGUGGAAGUGGACCUGCAGGGAUGUGGAACCCAAGUAUAGGCAGUGCUGGGGCAGGAGGGAGGGGCAGUAGAACGCACCCCAGGCAUGGUAGGUGAGGCGGUUGCGCCCCAGGCCGGAAGGUUAAGCAUGUUACACUCCGGGCCGGAAGAGUGAACCAGCUGACUACUCUGCCAGCGGUUUCCUCACAGCGCUCCCUCUACCACCUAGGCCCCAUGAAGUUUCGGGCCAGGAUCACCAGCAAGCGUUUUAUAGAGCUCUUCAUACAGGUCAACAGCACCAUAGCAAAGCUGACGAAGGUCUGUGUGCUCCGCGUGUGCCCUGACAGGCUGUGCUUCUGUCCAAUGGGGCUGCUGAGUGAGGCCAAGCUGUGGGGUGAGGUGAGGCGGAAUGUCUUCCACCACUUCUGCAUGGAGGGUGUUUCGCAGGAGUUCAAUGAAAUCUAUCUAGAGCUGACGUCUGAGCAUCUGGCCAGAGCCGUGAGAAAUGCAAGCAACGCUUCAUCCCUGAAGCUGCAGCUCACCAACAAGCUGCGCCCCUGCCUUACUGUGGUGGUGGAGCUGGCAUCGUGCCCCGGCCACACCCGCGCUAUGGUCCACGAUCUGCCCGUGAGGGUACUUCCCAGAAGGUGGUGGAAAGAAUGCACAGAGCCCCAUGCUCGGGGCUCUGACGUGAGUGUUUAUCUGCCUGCUAUGAAGACCUUGAAGAACAUGGUGGAAAGGAUGGCAAAUGUGGGCAGUCACGUGCUGGUGGAAGCAAAUCUAAAAGGCAAACUGAACUUGAGUGUAGAAACUGAUGGAGUGACUAUUAAAAGCUAUUUUAGAAAUCUUGGAAAUCCUCCAAAUGCCGUUCUGGGUAUGUCUGAAGGCAAAGACCCAGAGAACAUGGUACAAGUGCGGGUGGAUAAUAGGAAGCUUCUACGGUUUUUUGACGGACAGCAGAUAAACCCCACAAUGGCCUUAUGUAAUAUUUUGAGCAAUACCCUACUUCAUCUUGUUUUGGUUCACGAAGAUAUUUCUCUUCAGUAUUUUAUUCCUGCCUCAUGAAUUUCAAGCAGCCUUAAUUUUCUUUUUAAAAGAAAUCUUAAUUUAAGUUCUUUCCAGAACUGAGACUUUGAGUUACUUUCGUUAAAAACCUGCAACCCUGUGGAUUUUGUAGGGUGUUGAUUUUGUUGAGUGCUUCCUUUGUAAAAUGUUAAGAAAUAAUUGGAAGUUCAUGUGAUUGCUUUUUGGCUUUGACCAUUACCUUACAUUCAACUUAGUUGUUUGGGAAUAAAGGAUUGUAAUAAAAUAAUUAACUGAA